CCCAUUCCCCUUCACAAUAAAGUUAACAAUAUUCAACAACUCCAUUCUUCUUCUUCUUCUUCUUUCUCUUCUUUCUUUCUCAUAUAUUAUAUAUGUAUAUAUAUUUAUUGCUCUUUAUUUCUUUCCUUCUUCUUCAAGUGUAGAAAAACAAAGCAACCCAUUUCAAGAUUUGCAAAACCCAUAAGGAAAAAACCAAAAAAAAAAAGAAAAUCCAUGGGAAGGUCUCCUUGUUGUGAGAAGGCUCAUACAAACAAAGGGGCUUGGACCAAGGAAGAAGAUGAUCGUCUUAUUGCUUAUAUCAAAGCUCACGGCGAGGGCUGCUGGCGGUCGCUUCCGAAGGCUGCCGGUCUCCUCCGCUGCGGCAAGAGUUGCCGACUUCGGUGGAUUAAUUAUCUCCGCCCUGAUCUUAAGCGUGGCAAUUUUACUCAACAUGAAGAUGACCUUAUUAUCAAACUCCAUAGCCUCCUUGGAAAUAGGUGGUCUUUGAUAGCUGGAAGAUUACCGGGAAGAACAGAUAACGAGAUAAAGAACUAUUGGAACACUCAUAUAAAACGAAAGCUCCUAAGUCGAGGAAUCGAUCCAAUGACUCACCGACCGAUCAUUGACUCAUCUUUGGCGAAACCUCCGGCAACCACCAUAUCUUUUGCCUCCAAUUCCACCUUGGAGGAUCAUGAAGAUAGAAAGAAACCAGUUAUCAAUAAUUUUUCUCCACCAAAGGGAGAGGUUUUGGAUUUGAAUCUCGACCUUAGAAUCAGCCCGCCACCGUACCCGACGACGGUGACGAUGAAGAACGAAGGGAGAAAUAGUCUUUGCUUCUUUUGCAGUUUGGGGUUUGAGAAUAGUAAGAAUUGCAGCUGUGGAAAUGGCAAAAUUAUUGCUUCUAGUGAUAGCAAUGGUAAUGGGUAUGAUUUUUUGGGAUUGAAAAGUUGUGUUUUGGAUUGUAGAAGUUUGGAGAUUAAAUGACACUUGAAAUUUGAUUUUU